AUGGAGGUCUUCUUGGCGCGUUUGACGCAACAGGCGAUGAACUAUGCAAUUCGUUCGGGAAUUGCGAUUACGGCAACAUAUGCCAUGCGCCAAUCCUCACGUCUACUCAAAAAUGUAGAUGGCAAAGACCGCGAGGAGCUGCUGGCACUGCAGCAGCGUCUAGAUAGUAAGAUUCAGGUCAUAUCGCCGUCUAUUGAUAUGAUCGAGUUGAUAGCGGCACGGGGAAACACAUCUCUCGAAUCUGCGGUGACUCUUACAAAGUCAUUGAGGUGGGACAUACAAGCUUUAGGGCAGCGCCUCGCGAAGGCUGCAGCGUCAGAAGAAGCUAUCCGAAAUGGAACCAGGUCAGCCAAGUACCGGCCAAGUAAUGACGCGGAGAUCAAGUACAUCAUCCAAGACAUCAAAAAUCUCCUCACGCGGAUUGAGGAUGCCGUCCCACUGAUGAAUUUGGCCAUCACAACGUCAGGGGCCAAAUUAUCAACCAAUCUGCCCUCAACAGUGUCGCCGUCUCGACUUCUGCAAGCCAGCACCUUUCUUACCGCGGGCGACACGCAAUAUUCCAUGUUGACUUCGGAGGAACCGCAAGCGGUGCAAAUUGGCCCAACUUUCACUCUUUCGGUUUACAUGCUGUUCGCCGGACAUCUUCGGCCGGACGAUGAGGAGUCUGCCCGGGAUGCUACCUGGAAAGAAGUUAUGCAUAAGGCACGACUGAAAGUACGGCGUGUUCCCAUGAAUCUCUACUACUCAGAGGGCUCGUCGUAUCGAUCACAAUCCCAAUCACGAUUAGGAAUCGACGAGUAUGCCUACCAAGUGGUGAUCAUUGAAGACCUGGAUGAUGGCCGAGUCCACACUUUCGAUGCAAAUGAGCCUCAGCCUCAUAGUUACGAUGGGGUUACCACUGCGGGGAUCAGAGAGAUUCUUCCAAUUCAUCAAAUUUCCAAAAUAUUCUACGCCGACACGGGCAGAAUUCUCAAUAUCAGCACAGAAGGUGAAACUAACAAUCCAGUCCUUCUGCUAAAAAGAGACUUGAAUGCACUACCUCCUCGUCGCAUGAUGGAGCACGAUGAAGCAGCAGACGUGGAGGCGCAUGACGAUGAAAGUGAUGAUCCACUUGACGAAGAGCAAGCACAGCUUAAUGCUCAAUUACUUGGCGAUGAUUUUUCAGAUGGAUCAAGGCUAAGCUUUUUGCACGAGGAAUCCAUUGCUCAGGAAUGGAGGCUACCUCCAGGCUUGGACCCUGAAUGGAUUGCAUUUGAAGUCUACAAUGAAGACGAAAAUUCAGACGAUGAAUCUGACGGCGAGAAUUCUGGCGAAAGUUCUGGAGAGACUCCAGCCGAGCUGAACGGUAUGGCCCGUCUGUCCUUGAAUCAAGACGAGCUUUCACCAUCCUCUUCAACUCCCCCGCCCGGGGAUCAAUAUAUCUCCCGUCUUCCAACCGGCCAGCCAAGCACCACCACUACUACGACGGUGGCGAACCCGUUAUUUGAACACAUUCGAACCUCCCUCUCCCUCCUCGAGACACUUUUACGUCUUACAUCCUUGCAACAGUUCCAGCAACAAUCACACCUUUCAAUUAGCGACGAGCUUCUGAACUUCUUCCUCGAAGAGUCAUCCUCAACCGGCGCAGGAGGGGACGAGCAACACCGCCAGCGUCUACGAUCAGACGCCCGCCGCCGCGUAGGCUGGGAUCCCUAUGAUGAGAGUCCAGUCAAGCACCGAGGGGAGGAAUAUCAGUACGGCUGGGGGCCAGGAAGCCCAACUCCAUACUCUCGUGAUGAUGAGGUUUAUUCGUCCGGGGGAGGAUCUCGAAGUUUCCAGAUCCGUUCUCGGGAGAAUACACCGGAGACCCCUCAGCGAAGGAGUUCGCCGAGCGUUCGUCGAAGUAAUCUCAGGGGCAUGACACCUGCGUAUGCAGACAGUCAUUCGGGAAAAUAG